AUGGCAGAGAAGAGACGAGCGUCCGACGACUAUGUGGAGGAUCUGUCAGAACGACCUGAGCCCGGGACGUUCAAGAAAGUACGAUUCCAGCUUCCUCGGAAUGAAGAAGGUCUUCCUGAGAAAGACGUUCCAGCUAAAGACACAGAUGACGAGCUGAUGGCAAGAAUGCGUGUAAUACGUGUGAAGGAGCUGGUUCACGAGAUUCUGGCUGCGAUGUACUACGACAUCCAUCAACUCUGCUGGCUCCGCAAGUACCUCAUGCAGAACCGUAUCAGACGCUUUCCGGACCUACAUUUCUACAAAACUCAACAUCAAGAAGCAAGCUGGCUAUUAGACAGAGCUAUUCACCAGGAAAUGCUUGCGAAGGUAGGCCAGACAAGCGGUCACGAUUGGGCUUACACAUCGACGCAGGAAGCACAUCGUGUUGGCCAAUUCAUUCGACAAUUUAAUUGGAAGACAUUGGCCAUAUGCGCACUCUCAGAAGCCUUCCGGUUGGCACUUUAUACAGAAGAUCAAGUGGUAUGGGCAGUUUUGAUGCUCAAGAUCAGGGAAAACCGGACCAGCAUUGACGUCUUUGCGCAGUCGCGAGGCUUGGACUGGCAAGGCCAGCUAUUGAAACAUGCGGACAAACAGAUACCAGGGCUCCAACAAGCACUUAUUCCGAGGCUCGAUCUGGCUCAGGAGCACUUUCAUCAAAUAGUCAUUGCAAAUGGCUCUCUUGGAAGGCCUCUGUAUGAAGAACACAACCAGAUCAACAUCAACCACGGGAAUAUAUUCAAUCCCAGCUACUUCAACGACAACAAAGACCCCAGGAUUCGCGUUCCCGACCGCGACGGACCUUGCGAUCUCUGUUAUGCAGAGCGCGAAUGCAAUUGCAGGAUAUCUCGCCCGACUCUUGCAACGUGUUUGGUUGAACUUGUUAACUACCCUCAUAAAGGAAUUGGAGUACGGGCUCUGGCCAGAUUCAAGAAGGGAGACAUCCUCGACGAGUAUGUCGGGGAGCUUCGGCCUGUAGAUUACAAGGAUGAUCGUGUCUACGCUCUGCUGCACGAAUCCAAGAUGGUUGAAGGUCAUCCACUGGCUUUGAUAUCGGCGAAACGGUACGGUAAUUGGACUCGGUACCUUAACCAUUCUUGCAAGCCGUCGACAAAGUUUCUCAAGAUGACUGUUGGCAAGAAAAUCAUGGUUGCUGUCCAGGCAGUCAGGGAUAUUGACAUUUUCGAGGAGAUUACUGUUGAUUAUGGCAAAGGCUACUGGAAGAAUAGGAAGUGUCUUUGCGGGGAACCUGGUUGUCGCUCGCAGGAUGCCACUGAAGAGGAGACGGAGGUUUGA